CGCCGAGUGCAGCUUUGUUUUGCCGUAUAGAUGAAUCCGAAAAGAAACAACGAACACAUUUCAGAAACCGGUCAGUUCGCAUCAGUCAAUGCUGCGGAGUAGUUCUCUCGUAAGAAAUCGCGAUGAUCACUUGUUUACGUGCUGCUGCAUUCUUCGCAUUGUGUUUGACGCUAGUUCAAGGUCAACGUAUUUCCAAACGGAAAUGUUCGGAGUUUCGCGAGCAAACGAUUCAGCGAGCCCAAUUCAUCUAUCUGCUACCAAAACCUGAUCCGAUUUUGCUAGAAGUUUUCAAUUGCUCCAAGACGGUCAAUCUAAUCAUCAACGGAGAAGAUGCCAAACCGGGAGAGUUUCCUCACCAAGCGUUGAUCGGAUGGCGAUCCGAGAAAGAUCCAGGGAAGCAUAAUUUUAUCUGCGGUGGAUCGCUGAUAAGUGAACGAUAUGUGCUAACAGCAGCUCAUUGCUUCAUACCCGGACGACCCCAGAUUGUUCGACUUGGAGAAAUAGAUUUGACGAACGAUAAUGAUAAUCAAGACGAUUAUGAAAUUGAGGACUACAUUCUUCAUCCACAGUACAAAUUCGCCGCUUCAUACCACGAUAUUGCACUAAUUAAGUUGGCAGAAGAUGUAACAUUUUCAUUCUUCGUUCGACCGGCUUGCCUCUGGGACACAUUGGCUAUGAACGUUACGAAGGUGGUUGCCACCGGGUUUGGCUUUACUGAAGAGCUAAAAAUGUCGGAAAUAUUACAAAAGGUGCCGCUGGAUAUUUUUAACAAGGAUGAAUGUGUGCAACAAUACGCCGGCCAGCGGAAGUUCAAGCAGGGCAUCAUCGAUCAGCAGCUUUGCAUUGGCAGUGAACAUGAGGAAAGGGACACCUGUCAGGGCGACUCCGGCGGGCCAGUUCAGAUUAUUACGGAAACAAAUGGAUGCAUUCACCAUGUGCUGGCCGUGACCUCUGCCGGGUCAUUUUGUGGGAUUGGUCGUUCCCCUGCAGUUUACACCCGGGUGUCAAGCUACAUCGAUUGGAUUGAAAGUAUCGUUUGGAAAAAGUGACGAUGUACCUAUUAAAAUAUAUGUAUUUUGAUUUCUAUUACAUAAUUGAAUUUUGUAA